AGAGUGGUGGGGGAGGGAAUAUCGAAGCAGUUGAGUCGGUGGUGGCUACAUGUGGAUGUCCGCCGGUCGCGACAAGAACUUUCGUACUAAAGAAUAGGCGUAAAUAUCCUCGCGUCGAAUCACCGACGACGGGACUCGCAACUAGAUCACGCCGUAGACGAGAGCAAACCACUGUUAAUCAUGCAGAUGGAUCCAACGACAUUGCAACUGAUUCAGGUUCUCGAAAGGACCGUCUCAUCGGAUAAAAAUGAGUUGGUGGCGGCGCAGAAUUUUCUACAGCAGGCGGCUGAUGCCAAUCUCCAUGAAUUCGUGCAACGACUCAGCGCUGUGCUGGUCACAGUCGGCGCGAGCCCCGUCGCCCGUAUGGCUGCGGGUCUACAGCUCAAAAACCAACUUACCUCCAAGGAUCCUGAAAUGAAGUUCCAGUAUCAGCAACGCUGGCUUACCAUCCCUACUGAAACAAGGGAAUACAUUAAGAAAAAUAUUUUAGGAGCAUUGGGAACGGAGAACAAUAGGCCGAGUUCCGCGGCACAAUGUGUCGCAUAUGUUGCUGUUGCCGAAUUACCUGUUGGGUCAUGGAGCGAAUUAAUUCCAUUGUUAGUCAGUAAUGUUGCUAACACAACUAGUACCGAAAUGAUGAAGGAGGCUACUUUAGAAACCAUUGGAUAUAUCUGUCAAGAAAUUGAAAGUGAAGUACUGGUAUCGCAAUCAAACGAGAUUCUCACUGCUAUUAUUCAUGGCAUGAAGGGUUCCAGCACAUCGAAUCACGUUCGAUUAGCAGCUACAAAAGCUCUUUACAAUUCCUUGGAGUUCACGAAAGGAAAUUUCGAAAAGGAGACAGAGCGAAACUUCAUAAUGGAAGUAGUGUGUGAGGCUACUCAAUCCAGUAAUACCCAAAUCAGAGUAGCUGCAUUACAGUGUCUUGUGAAAAUUAUGUCACUGUAUUAUCAAUACAUGGAACCAUAUAUGGCUCCAGCACUGUUUCCUAUUACUUUGGAGGCUAUGAAAUCCGAAACCGACGAAGUAGCACUUCAAGGAAUUGAAUUUUGGUCGAACGUGUCUGACGAGGAAGUUGAUUUAUCAAUGGAAGAAGGAGAAGCAUUGGAGGGAGGCCGUCCGCCGUCAAAAGUCUCACGCCAUUAUGCGAAAGGAGCUCUACAAUACUUAGUACCGGUGCUAAUGAAAAAAUUAACCAAACAGGAAGAAUUUGAUGACGAGGAUGAUUGGAACCCUUCGAAAGCGGCGGGAGUUUGCUUGAUGCUGCUGUCAAGUUGCUGCGAGGAAUCUAUUGUUCCUUUCGUUCUUCCUUUUGUCAAAGACAAUAUCAAGAGUCCCGAUUGGAGGUACAGAGAUGCGGCAUUGAUGGCAUUUGGUUCGAUUCUCGGUGGUUUGGAGCCCGCCACGUUGAAACCGCUGGUGGAACAAGCUAUGCCCACUCUCAUCGAAUUGAUGUACGACACUAGCGUGGUCGUGCGCGAUACCGCCGCAUGGACCUUCGGCCGUAUAUGCGAGAUGAUUCCAGAUGCCGCAAUCAAUGAAACUUACCUGAAACCGUUAUUGGAGUCUUUGGUGAACGGAUUGAAAGCAGAACCGCGAGUUGCUGCAAAUGUAUGCUGGGCAUUCACAGGAUUAGCAGAGGCAAGUUACGAGUCUGCCGAGGCGGAAGACGGCAAUCAGCCAGAAACAUAUUGCAUGUCACAAUACUUUGAUUUUAUCAUUCAACGACUUUUGGAGACGACGGAUAGACCAGACGGGGCGCAGGCAAAUCUGAGAUCCGCCGCUUACGAGGCUCUAAUGGAAAUGGUGAAGAAUUCUCCACGAGAUUGUUACGUGACCGUGCAGAAGACCACCAUGGUGAUACUCGAACGACUGCAACAGGUGCUGCAGAUGGAAUCGCACAUACAAAGCCAUUCUGAUCGCGCUCAAUAUAACGAUCUGCAAUCGUUGCUCUGCGCAACUUUGCAGUCCGUACUGCGCAAAGUUACUUCAGAGGACGCACCGCAGAUAUCCGAUGUAAUAAUGACUGCCUUGUUGGCCAUGUUCAGCUCGAAUUCUUGCAAAUCGGGCGGAGUUCAAGAGGACGCGCUUAUGGCUGUAUCGACCUUGGUAGAAGUGCUAGGCGACGGCUUCUUGAAGUACAUGGAGGCCUUCAAGCCCUAUCUCUGCCUCGGCUUAAAGAAUCACGCCGAAUACCAGGUGUGCUGUGCGGCGGUUGGUCUUACUGGUGACAUCUGUCGCGCGCUUAAGGGCAAGAUGUUGCCCCACUGCGACGAAAUCAUGACUCUGCUGCUCGAGAAUCUCAGCAAUAACGCUGUACAUCGUUCGGUGAAGCCGCAGAUCUUCUCCGCCUUUGGUGACAUCGCUAUGAGCAUCGGUCCGCAGUUCAAGAAAUACCUGGACGUUGUACUGCAGACGUUGAUGCAGGCGUCGCAGGCCAACGUAGACAGGAGCGAUUACGACAUGAUCGAUUAUUUGAACGAAUUGCGCGAGGGCGUACUCGAGGCUUACACCGGCAUAGUCCAAGGUCUCCGCGGUGACGCGAACAACUGUUCGGACGGCGAGAUCUCCCUCAUCGAGCCGCACGUACCGUUCAUCAUACAGUUUAUCACCUCGAUAGCGCAGGACCGCGAGCAUUCCGAGGGCAACGUGUCGGCCGCGGUCGGCCUCCUGGGCGAUCUCGUCAUAGUGUUCGGGGUGAAACUGCUGCCCAUGGUGGACACCGAACCGCUCAACGACCUGCUGCUCAAAGGCAGGAAGUCACGCACUCACAAAACUAAACAACUGGCGAGCUGGGCUGCAAAGGAGAUUCGAAAACUCAAAACUGUCGCCAAUGUUACGUCCAGUUGAUCACCCCACGGUUGUACUGUCGUGCAAUUUGAUUUGACUAGAAAGCUAUCAAACACAAUACAAAGACAACAAGAUUGGAUGGUGCGGAUGAUGCGAGUUGAUGGAUGUGCGUGAGUUCCGAAGCGAUGAUGACGAGAUAGGGUGAUGAGUCUGCACGUGUCCCUAUCUGGCGACGGUAUUUUAUCGAUAUAAUAUCGGCGUCGAGCGCAGCCCAUAUGAACCGAGAGAAAGGGACUUUUAGCGAGAAAGCGAGAGAGAAAGAAAGUGAGAAUGAGAGAAAGAGAGAGAGAGAGAGAGAAAACGCGCGCGCGAGACAAAGAGAGAAUAAAAAGAAUAAGUACCUGUCUGCCGGAUGCUGAGACAACGGAUGAUGAGGAGUGCAAGUGGAUGUUGCCGAUGAAUGAAUUAAGGCCAAAUGUGAGAAGCCUGCCGAUUCCGAUUGCAAGUAUGCCUGGUGGUAAAAACGAGCCUGCGGCUUCUGUCCGCAUGAUUGAGAGAUUAAACCCCGAGGACGACUUCGAUGGACGAUGAUCGUAAGAGAAAAUGAAUGGAAGAGGAUGCGAGAGAGUGAGACACCAGGAGCACGACAGGAACACCAAGAGAGGUUGGAUGAAGAGUAUUUGUACAAGUGAGGGAGAGCGAGAGCGAGAGACUCAGGGAGAAUAUUUCCGAAAUAAAGUGAUAGCAUGAUAGAUAUUAGAGAAAGAGAGAGAGAGAGUGAAAAGAAAAAAAAGCGCGUGUACGUGAAUGAAAGAUUUAGUAAAAUAAGUAUGUGUAUGUAUGUAUGUGUGAGAGAAUAACGAGAAUCUUUUACUUAUGGUGACUCGUUGUAAAGCUUCGUCGAGCUUCUCAACGAUGUGCAGUAGAUUUUGAAUCGAUAGCCACCGAUGCUUAGAAUCGUCGAGUUUACGCGCAUACAAAAGAGUAUCACUUUCCUAUACGAAAUGAGGCAUGAGUGGCCAGUGAGGAAGAGAAAACGAGAGAAAGAGGGAGAGAAAGAGAGAGAGAGCGCAAGAGAGGAAGAAAAAGGAAGACUGAGUGCGAAAGAUCGGCAAGAUUGCUGAAUUCAAUUCAUUGAGUGACCCUUGUUUCCGAUCGUGCUGCGCGAGAAUCCGCGUGAUCUGUUGUAGUAGUAUGAGAUGAUGUUGUGUAUGUUACUUUUUUCCUCGUAUGUGAAUGUCUGUUGCUGUUGGUUGCUUCAUUAAAGUUAAUAUUUUGAUGGCACAAGUGAUUUAGUUGUACCGAAGUCCUCGUCCGGCCUGAACGUCCGUAGGAGCAAAUGAUACCGAGUGCUCAAGAAACAUACCCCCUCCCUUUUUCCUCUUGUAUCUCAUUCCCCCCUCCCCCCCCAGCGCUCCUUCCUUAUACUUUGUCGAUAUAUAUAUGUGUACAUCCCCCUUUUCGGAAUAAUCGGUCGCGGAAUGCGUCGCGCGAUCACGGUACCCACGAGUGCCACCCACAGACAAGAAGCCUUUCGCACUGCCACUUGGAACAACGCUGCACGGCUUGUCCAGACAUUUUUUAGAGAGAGAGAGAAAAAAAAAUUUUUGUUUCUUCCUUCCGCGUACGUGAGACGUCUGGGUCACUUGAGAUCUCGUUCUGAACGAGAUCGUCUUCCCCUGGGACGCGCAGCGACGACGCCCGUCGUUGAACGCCUUUGCGCGACGGGAGAGAGCCUCUUCGCGGAUCACCGGGACUUUCAGAAGGUACCGUGAUCGCGUGCGAAACGGACCGUGACCUGUUCGAACGGGUAGUUGACAUAGCCUAGUGUCGUAGAGUCUGAUUAUUUUCUCUUUUUUUUCUCCGCGAACGGUGUCUGCACACGCGGCAAAAUCGUCCGCGAGGACGUUCCCUUCGCGUUCGACCAGGACAUCUCAAGUACCCGGUAUCUCUACCUCCGCUUAAAUCGCGUCCUUGAUGACGAGUAUAGUCAGUGCCGUGCCGAUCGCGAAGCACGUCAUCGCGAGCCGUUUUCUGUAGAAUUGCGAAGAAUCUCCUCACGGAUCGUUUUUUUCUGAAUCUUCUGCGGCUCGCGAUGUAUUUUUUUUUUUAAUUUUUUAAGCGACACUUCGCCGAGAUAACGCCAUAAGUUUACGUCACGUCGUCGUCGAGAAGUGUGUCUGUGGUAGUGCCAUGCAUUCCAAAUACUUUUGCCAGCGAACGCGCCGGUAUUUUUUUUCGUAAUUCGAGUCUUUUGUAGUGAUUUCACUCGUACGUGUCUAAUUAUUCUUAUUUACACCCGUCGCGAAUCGCGAAUUUUGAGUUGCAAGAAGGAGGUAGUGACGUAGUGAGCGUAGAAGUCUUAAGUUUUUUUUUUUAACAUAAUAAAGUGGGGCAAGCGUGUUUUGACAAGCAAAGAUACACAAUUCGCGGAAAUAUCACUGGCGCUCGAUCGAUGAACGAGGUAAUGAGAUUAAUAUAUAGAACGAUUACUCGGCUGACUUAUGCCGUUGCAUCUACGAAAUUUCAGAACUCUCGUGCGACUUUAAUCGCGUGUCCGCGGGACGCACGCUCAAAGCACGUGGCUCGAAGGAUUUUUAUAUUUGUGAAUUAUUUUGCACACAAUGUGACAUUUAUUAUUAUAUUGUCCCGCAUAAGUGUUGCCACGAUAUUUUCGUAGCCUGGGUUUUUACGAGAAAUAUUUUAAACACCUAACACACAAAGUUGCGAAGGCAACGAGAUUCUUUUUGUUUCUGUUACUUAUUUAAGAGGUGUAUAUGUCACUGAUUUUUUACUUCCAUAUCUGUUGGAUUGAGUAACGUUUAACAAUCCAUAGUGAUAACGAUGUACUAUCUUUGAUAGAUUGUAACACGAAUAUUGCCAAAUUGUAAAUAAGCAAGAAAGCAAGGAAGAGCAAAAGAAUCACUGAUUUGCAAUUCAUCUAUCGAUUAUGUCUAUCGAAAUAAUAUUACAUUUGAUAACAUAUAUAUAUACACAUAAGAAAAAUAAAUAUACUGAAAUCACUUGUUUAAGAGAAAAAUGAACUAUUUUUCUAAGACGAUAUUUUCAAGAAUUACGGAGUAUAUAACUUGCGAAAACACGGGAGGAUGUUUUGAGCUUGUGGCAAUAUUUAUUCGAGGAAUUCUGUCUGUAUUUUUUAAAGCGAUCGUGCUAUUUAUAGAAUAGCCAAUGGUUUUUCCAAAAUGUGUUAAAACGUAUCUGUAAUAUUUUUUUUUUCCUGAAAUACUUAAAAUAAACGACUAAAUAAUAUUAAAUUGAUUAACAGCAAACUUAUUAAGCAACUUAAACUUAAUGAACAAAUAUUUCGCGUGGUAAAUUAACUAAUCGAUUGUUUCUCUCGUCUCUUCUUUCAUGUUUGUCAAAGAAGACGAUUAUUCUGUUGUCGAAACGCGAUGCCCCCCCUCCCCCGUACGUUAAAAUUAUAUAUUUCGAUAACUUACCGUUUCAGCAUGGUCAUCACCGACGACGGUUAGUUAGCGAUCGCGAUCAAGAGCGAGUCUCUCGAUCGCGAUGAAUUCGAUAUAGAGGCGCGCGAAUAUCCUUUUUUUAUACAUUCCACAUAGCAGAAAUUAGAUGUAGAGAGAAAGAAAGAGAGAAAAGAACGAGAGUGAGAGUGAAAGAGUGCUACGAGGACAGCGGUGCGCGUCUUUCCGCAUCUUGCAAAGAACUCGAUCGCUCGCCUGUUCUUCUGAUUCGCAAUCGAGAGUUUGCGUGUGACGGUCGUCGGAAUUCGCAGCACGUUCCGACUUUGGUGCUGAGAUUGAUCGUAUAUUUCUCAAUGUCAAUCUGGUGCUAAGCUGUGAACAAUCUGAGAUCGAUUGCGGCAUCGAAAUAUUGCAUCGAUGUUACAUAUCCACAGUUUUAUCGUCACUAAUAAAAAGGAUCGUAACUUGAACAAAAGUCAUAUAUAUGAUUUCGAGAGAUAUAAAUGAUAAUUUAAUUCGUAUAUAUUUUGCUAAUUUUUUUUUGUUUUUUAUUAGUAUUGACUUAUAUACACAUAUAUAUUUGUAAUAAAAGGAUUGAUAGUCUGAACUGAUUUUAGCGUAUUUAUCCAUAGUAAUAAUAAUCAUACCUGGAUCUCGAAAAAGCUCGUUUCUAAAAAAAAGAUCGUCUCGGUACCGGCGUGAAAUCGCCGCGAAUUGCGUCGUCGGAUCUGCCAGUGGAAAGAAGGAAAAAGUCAGGCGUGAGAGUUGAAGCUGAUGAAUGGUUAAAUCAAAAGUUUGCGAGAGCGAAAGGGAGAGCGAGAGAGAGAGAGAGAGAGAGAGAGAGAGAGAGAGAGAGAGAGAAAGAGAGAGAGUGAGGAGAGACAGAACUGAUAAAAGGUACGAAAAUACAAAAAAGAAAGAAGAAAUAAAAUAGUUAUAUAUACGACUGUGAUUUUCGGAGAGAGACUCUCGUGUGCGAGGGGUCGACGUUCUGCCCUUGAAGAGAGCACGGCUCUCGCGACCACGCGAUCAUUUCGUCGAUCGCAGGAACGAUCAAAACUCUGGCGGACGAUCCUGAUCCAGCAUAUCCUACGAUCGAAGCCCUCCUCUUUUCUCUCUACCUCGACUAUCCUGAUCGAGCCUGAAACGCACACGUCGGGAUCGUCGCCGGAGGAAAAGCCGCUCGCGGGUGCCGUGCUCCGUCAGACUGGCCUCGCGACAAGUGUCGAGCGACGAGCGUUCACGCCGGGCGGAUAAUUUUUAUACAUCCCGCAAUCAACUCGCGAUUAACUCUCGAAUACCUUAAAUUGCACCUCGACUAUUGUGGACGGCCUUCGAUUCCAUUUAGCCAAGCAUCAGGAGAUCCGCGGAACAAGAUAGGUUUAUAUUCCAAAAAUUCGCAUGCCAAAGAUUUCUUAAAGGAAAGUGAUAGAAGAUUAACACGGUGAGUGUUAAAUCGACGUGGGGGGAAAAAAAAAA